CCAUUGGGGGAAAAGUUAUGGCUGUUCGAGUGAGUUGAACCUCUCUUAAUGCCCUACAUGUUUUUUGUACUGUGCGUGGAUUUUGGGCUAUCUUUUCACCGUGUAAUGACUCGUGGGAUUAAAAAUUUGCAUGUGUUCGAAGCCAAAAUUGUCAGUUGAGCACGUGCACGCAAAACUAUUUUGCACGUGCGUGAAACUAUUUGGUCGCAUGAAUGUGGGAUUCAAAAAUUCAGCACGUGCCCCACUGUACUGGUAGUACAAGUUAAAUUUUUAAUCCCAUGAGUCAUUACACGGUAAUUAGAUGGCCCAAAAGGUACGACUGGUGCGUACAUUUGCCCGCCAACUCUAUACAAUAAUUAGACUACACUAACUGCUUAAUGCACAUGAUUUCUUUAUUUUUGUUAUGGGUCUUGAAAUUUUUUUGUUCAUGAAUGGAAUUACAACUGGUGCCCAUGACUUGCACAAAUGAAUAAAUUUUAUUGACAUACUGACAAAUAAAAAUACAAAUGGUACCAUCUGUUAAAGUGGUCAACAAUGGGGGAGCAAUAGAAAAGGAAUAUCAGGAUAUUUCUGUUGCUGCGUGUGUUAAAAAGACAUGCUAGUAAUUAUGGUUGCAACAAACAAAAAUUAUACCCGAAGAAGUAUCUCUUGGAUGUGGCCGUUUCUUCCUGAAUAUAGUACUCUCUACAAGUACUAGUUUCUCCUAAAGUGCUGUUCUUGUCCUUCUUGUUCAUAACAUAGCAGAGAUGGACAAACCAUUGGUGAAUUUGGGUAAUCUUUGUAAGGGUAGGUAAUAUGGGCUUUUGAAAUCAGUAAAGCUUAGUAGUAGUAGCUUUCAAAAGGUCUUUCUCUCUGCAGAGGAGUCUUCUUCUCGAAACUGGUGGUGGCAUAGGCCUCAUUCAGUUCUUUGUUGUAUAAAACUGGUGCUUUGAACUCCAUUGAAUGGGUAACAUCUCUUGGGUUGUUUGUAGAACCAUGUGAGUUCUCCUGACCUCCUCCACAAUGAAUUUCAGCAAUAAUAAGCUAGUACUGUUUCCUGGUAAAGGACAUGGUAUUAUUAUUGUUUUGGGUUGAGUUUUCAAGAAAAAAUAGCAUGAAACAAGUUUUUUGGACACCAUGAGAAACAACAGUACUAGUACUACCAGCAGUAGAUUCAUUCCUUCUGGUAGACUGUAACAGAAAUGGACAAUGUAAUUGACAAAAGAAAAAAAGAUCAUCCAUGAUUUACAACAAAAACUUGACCCAAGAGCUUAGACAAGAAAGUGAAAGAUUUGAUUCCAGGUACUAGUUGUUCCGCAGAAAGAUUUAUCAAUCAAAUGAACAACAGAUAUCACCAUUGUCACCACAUUGAAAAUAAAUAAAGGGUCCAGCCCCUCUAACAGUGGUAUAUCUCUACCCAACAAUCUUGAGUACACAAUGACGAACACAUCAUAAAAGGGGGAUUGAUGGAGAAACUGCUGUCAACAGGGGAUGAUGGUACCAUAUACAUGGCUCAUACUUAUGAUACACACUUAUUAUUCAUACACUCUACAUUCACAAUUCACUUGAUCCUAUGGAUCCUCACAAUUGAAUUGACUCAUUUGACUCAUACACAGCCCUUGAUUUUCACUUUGAUUGAUUUUAGACUUCAUACUUUGUUGAUUCUCAACAAAAGGAUCCACUAACUUUUCUUCUACUAGCACUCAAUUUGCAUCACUAUUAGAUAGUAGUCAAACCCACACAAAUCUACUUGUGUGUGGAUUAUGGGGUCUCAACAGAGCAUUAAUAGAUAUGGUUAAAACUGUACUUUCCAUUCUCAACUCAAUGGAAUAGUAUGGAAACAAUUUCAUUUAACAAACAUGCAUACUAAAAGUCUCAUCUACAAAAGAUAACAAGAGAAUGGUCCUUGAAAAAUGAGGACUGGCUCACGACAUCAGCCCAACUUGAGAGACAUGCAAAAUAAAGAGGAUUCAGAGCAAACAAGAAUUCUGUGCAUGGCAUUCUUUGACAAUUGGCACAGCAACUCCAGAUUGGAAAUUUGACAGACUGGUGGUGACAGUACUGCCAACUAGUAGUACUCCUCCUAGUACAUAAGGCCAACUUGACCACCACAGACUGUAUUACAAAAUAAAUGGCUGUUUUUUGCACCAUUGUUUCUGCAUGUGAUAAGGUGUUGAUAGUAUGCUAAAAAGCAUUGGGCUUGUCGCAAAUCAGUGACCAAGAAGAAGUCAAUUGUCUUCGACUUCCACUUGCAGAGCACCGCAAUCUACUGAUUCGAGAUAAAUUGAGUCAUUAGUCGUCUGUCAUGAGUCCUUCAAUGCUGAUACCGUGGGGUGACGGUUUGCACCACAAUUUUCAAAUUUUGACGGCAUUGUGUUUCGUUGGGGAUUGGAGAUGCUUCUGGUUUCGAUUUUUCAACGAAAACUGCAUGCGUAUCUGAAUAAAGAUCAAGAAUAUCCUCAACGAGACAGAGACAGAGACAGAUAGAUAGAGAUAGACAGACAAAGAAAGGGAGCCAAAAGGCAGCGAAGUGACUCAGGAAGCACACGACCUCUGUUGCGGUUUUCCAACCUUUUUUCCAACACGAUAAACAGGCUAGAACAAAGAGAUGGCUUCAACAAGAUAUCGAAAACCGCACCUGACCCCUGAUUUGCGAUUGGCUUUGGCCAGUCUUUAUUCACUACCGGGUGGCAAGGUUUCUUCUGCACCCGAGGCCCACGACUUUUUGCUUCAAUUUCAAUCAAGGAAUCCAUACCGUAAGCUUCAUUCUCAAUUUGUUAAUCAGAAAGAAAACCAGGAAAAUUCACCCAAAGGCUACAACUCGGACGACGUAGGAUCGACUUGGAUGGCGUGUAUCGAUCUCAUAUCAUCAAUUUCAAAAGGAUCCCUCAACAAUCGAGAUCAAAAUAACCAAGUACAUUAUGCCGAAGCUCUAUUUGCUGCGCAAACCUUAGUGCAUCGGCUGAGGCGAGUCAAAUUGACAGAAGCGAUAGAUAUAGAUUUCGAGCCGAAUUUUUUCGAUUCCUCUUCGGUCGUUUCUUUUCCUCCUCGGCCUGAAGAAGUCUUACAUGGUUAUCAACGGUGGAUUUUGGAAUACUACCACGGAUGCACAGAUUCGUCUUCGUUCGCUAUGUUGUCCCAGCUCGUCCAGAGUUACCAACCCGCGGUAGAUCAACAACAACCAACGCGUCCCAUAGAAUUGGUAGAACGCAUCAAGGGAGAAAUGUCCAUGAUGGUAUUGGCGAGCGUUGUCGACAAUCUGACGAAAGCAUGCUACAACCAGAGCUCUCAGCAUCAAGACGAGCACAUCAUGCUUGCCCAGAUAAGGCCUUUGUUAAAAACUCUGGCCUUGGCCCUAUCUGCCAUUGCUGCUCGCAUACGAUAUACAUCCACUUCCCUACCCUUACCCGCAUCACACACCCAACCAAUUGUCGCAAUGAUUUUAGGAGCAAUUCAAAUGGUGCAAGCUCCAUCGCAACAGCAGAAGGACACGAUCGGAAACGAGGAAGCCUUUCAUAGCCUUUGCUAUACGUGCUUGACAGCAAUACCAGAAGCGGUUCUCACUGGAAGUAAUAGUGAUGGCGGCGGGGGUGCCUAUGGUCGUUUCUCGUUGGAUCCUCGCUGCUACACUGCUGUCACAAAAGAACUCAAAACUGAAGGAAUGCUUCAAGUUUGCCAAUCUAUUCAGACCUUGAUGAAUUCGAAUGCGUCGAACCAGUCAACAUCUUCAAUACUCCUUUUGCAGAUGUGUGAAGCUUGGGGUAAAUAUGUACCUUUACCAAUUGAUUUUGUCAACAGCAGUGUGUCACUUGUAUUGCGAGCCUGGGAGCAGCUUCGUUCCUCAGAUCAAGCUCAGCAUCAAACGCUUGGUGAAGCGAAAGCUGCGAUGGCCUAUUGGAUUGCUGUAAUGGAAGCUGGGACAUGGACGAUAGAUCAAGUCUUGACGUCGUCGCUUGUACAAAGCAAGGAAAGUUCACGACAAUCUAACAAGAAGAAACAAUCCAGCAAAUCAAAAAAACGGCACCAAAAAUUUUUAGAAGAAAAGACGACGGAUGAUCUGUAUAAAUCGGCAUUCGAUGAAGUUCAACAUAGAGGGCAAGUAGCUUGUACCAUGGCUCAGCAGACAUUGCCUGUGUUGCAAGAUCUCUUAAUGAUCGAAUUGCGCCAGAUUGUCACCGAAGAACAAGAAGUUCAGGGGGACGGACCGGUWGGAGCAAUAACUGCAUGCGCUAAUGCAUGUUUACCAUAUUUGUUGCGGGCCUCGAUUGCGCACCAAGACAAGGGCUCAAUAGAUCUCUUUGUAUCCAUCGGCAAGCUGAUUCAACAAGUGUGUGCCAGUUCGUCUCGCAUGGUUCGAGGUUUUGCUUCAGAGUCUUUAUUUGCUCUCCAUGAAGCACUCGUCAAAAACUUYGCCGAUAACCAGAACAUUCCACCGAGUAAAGACUUUUUUGAGGUAGUGAUAAAUCACUUCUAUCAAUCUUCAAUGAAUUUAGCUCUUCAGUGUGGCUAYCCAGAGGGAUACUUCAACGACUUAGGCGCUGACAAUGAUGAAGAUCUAGAAAGUGAGAGAAACGAUGUUCGAGAGGUACUGCGAACUGUAUCUACUGUCCCUUCGACGAAACGCAACGGAUGUGAAGCAGAGUCCAUAAUUUUGAUUACGUCAUCCAUAUUGUUUCGAUUAAUGCAAUCAUGUGCUCAACCCAUUCAGGACGCUAUCGGCACCAAUACACCUUUUCUAGAGCCAGCAUUGCAUGCAUUUUCCGCACUGGCAAAGCCUAUCAACUCAAUCGCAAGAAUGUAUGCAGAGGGUCUUUCCCAGAGCAGAGAGAAUCAAAACUUCGCCACUAUCAUAAAAUUGGCACUUGAAAUCAUUUCAAAUGCAGGGAAGUGUCUACUCUCUCGCUUCCCUCACGUGUCCGUCAACGAAAUUCUUCCACUAAGCAGACUUUACAAUCUUGCGAUUGCUUCCCUUUCGCCAAUGUUCUCUACARUGGGUCAGAUCCCAUCYAUGGAAGCAGAAGUGAAGACUGUUAUCAGUAUUGGCAUCGAGACAGCUGCCGCUUCAUUGUUCCGAAUACCYGAGUUAACUGGGCCGUCGACGUUAAGACAAACGCGAUAUGAUAUACGGGGAGCAAUGAGGAGCCCAGGCGGAGAGGAUCAUGGUGAGUGCUACAUGGCAAAAUUAUGUUUCUUUCACAAAAUCGAGCCACUGAAUGACAUGUUAUGAAUAUGUAAACUUAUCCCUCUUGCAAAUCUAUCAUUUUCACGUUUCCUUCGCUUUGCAAUAUCAAAACCUCAAAAGUUGGAGUACUUACACUAAUGCGACUUGCGAACGAGAGCAAUGCUUUGUCUUUACUAUUUUUGAAGACCAAGGAAUCGAUAUUGGUAGAUCUUUGCAAUCUAUACACGGAAUUAAAGAGAAUUGAAGAC